AUGGACGUCAGGCACUCGCCAGGUGGAUCUGGAGAUGCAGCGAGAAAUGAUGGAGGAGGUGAUGAUAGAUUCGCACACGUCAGCAGAUCAGGUCCAGGUGGAUCUGCACACGUCAACAGGGUGGCCAGGGGAUUGCCUAGUGCAUUGGAGGGGGCGGUGGGGCAUGUUCCCCAGACGCGGCUCGGCAGGGGCAAGAGCGUGGCUUGGAUGGGGCGAGAGGCUGAGUAUGCUGACAGUGGAAGCAUUGUGGUUACCCUUGGUGCUCCUCCUUGUCUGCUUCCUCUCCCUUUCUCCUGCUUCCCCUGCUCCCCCCUGCUCCCCCCCGCUUCCCCUUGCUCCCCCCUACUCCCCCCUGCUCCCCCCCGCUUCCCCUUGCUCCCCCCUACUCCCCCCUGCUCCCCCCCGCUUCCCCUUGCUCCCCCCUACUCCCCCCGGCUCCCCCCUACUUCCCCCUCCCCCUGUCCCCCUGCUGGCCUUUCUGUUGUGACGUGUUCGUGCCUCCUCCACACGCGUCCCCCCUCCACACGCGUCCCCCCCCUUCCACACGCGUCCCCCCUCCACACGCGUCCCCCUUCCACACGCGUCCCCCCUCCACACGCGUCCCCCUUCCACACGCGUCCCCCCUCCACACGCCUCUCUCCCUCCUCCACACUCCUGCUCUCUCCACGCGCCGCGCCUAGGUACCAGAUUUCAUUCGACAGCGCGCACGCACCUGCUCCUUCCACAGCCAAUGAGAGGCGGCUACGUGGACCGGACAAGGCGACAGCAGAGGGCAUGGCGCAGGCUCUCCGCAUGGUGACCAAGUCGUUUGCAAGUGUGUUUCCCUCCCUCCGUCUCCCUGCAUUUUCCUGCACGGGAGCAGUGACCAAGUCGUUUGCAAUAGCGACGUUUCGAGCCUUGGAUGUCCAAACGGUGAGCGAUGUGGUGGUGCUGCUGGUGUGGUGGUGCUGCUGGUGUGGUGGUGCUGCUGGUGUGGUGGUGCUGCUGGUGUGGUGGUGCUGCUGGUGUGGUGGUGCUGCUGGUGUGGUGGUGCUGCUGGUGUGGUGGUGCUGCUGGUGUGGUGGUGCUGCUGGUGUGGUGGUGCUGCUGGUGUGGUGGUGCUGCUGGUGUGGUGGUGCUGCUGGUGUGGUGGUGCUGCUGGUGUGGUGGUGCUGCUGGUGUGGUGGUGCUGCUGGUGUGGUGGUGCUGCUGGUGUGGUGGUGCUGCUGGUGUGGUGGUGCUGCUGGUGUGGUGGUGCUGCUGGUGUGGUGGUGCUGCUGGUGUGGUGGUGCUGCUGGUGUGGUGGUGCUGCUGGUGUGGUGGUGCUGCUGGUGUGGUGGUGCUGCUGGUGUGGUGGUGUUGCUGAUGUGGUGGUGCUGCUGCCAUAGAUUGCCUCUCGCGAGCCGAUCAGAACCGUUAAUGGACGUCAGGCACUCGCCAGGUGGAUCUGGAGAUGCAGCGAGAAAUGAUGGAGGAGGUGAUGAUAGAUUCGCACACGUCAGCAGAUCAGGUCCAGGUGGAUCUGCACACGUCAACAGGGUGGCCAGGGGAUUGCCUAGUGCAUUGGAGGGGGCGGUGGGGCAUGUUCCCCAGACGCGGCUCGGCAGGGGCAAGAGCGUGGCUUGGAUGGGGCGAGAGGCUGAGUAUGCUGACAGUGGAAGCAUUGUGGUUACCCUUGGUGCUCCUCCUUGUCUGCUUCCUCUCCCUUUCUCCUGCUUCCCCCUGCUCCCCCCUGCUCCCCCCCGCUUCCCCUUGCUCCCCCCUACUCCCCCCUGCUCCCCCCCGCUUCCCCUUGCUCCCCCCUACUCCCCCCUGCUCCCCCCCGCUUCCCCUUGCUCCCCCCUACUCCCCCCGGCUCCCCCCUACUUCCCCCUCCCCCUGUCCCCCUGCUGGCCUUUCUGUUGUGACGUGUUCGUGCCUCCUCCACACGCGUCCCCCCUCCACACGCGUCCCCCCCUUCCACACGCGUCCCCCCUCCACACGCGUCCCCCUUCCACACGCGUCCCCCCUCCACACGCGUCCCCCUUCCACACGCGUCCCCCCUCCACACGCCUCUCUCCCUCCUCCACACUCCUGCUCUCUCCACGCGCCGCGCCUAGGUACCAGAUUUCAUUCGACAGCGCGCACGCACCUGCUCCUUCCACAGCCAAUGAGAGGCGGCCACGUGGACCGGACAAGGCGACAGCAGAGGGCAUGGCGCAGGCUCUCCGCAUGGUGACCAAGUCGUUUGCAAGUGUGUUUCCCUCCCUCCGUCUCCCUGCAUUUUCCUGCACGGGAGCAGUGACCAAGUCGUUUGCAAUAGCGACGGUGAUAGUGGCAGGGGGAGGAGCGGUGGCCGUGGCAGCGACGUUUCGAGCCUUGGAUGUCCAAACGGUGAGCGAUGUGGUGGUGCUGCUGGUGUGGUGGUGCUGCUGGUGUGGUGGUGCUGCUGGUGUGGUGGUGCUGCUGGUGUGGUGGUGCUGCUGGUGUGGUGGUGCUGCUGGUGUGGUGGUGCUGCUGGUGUGGUGGUGCUGCUGGUGUGGUGGUGCUGCUGGUGUGGUGGUGCUGCUGGUGUGGUGGUGCUGCUGGUGUGGUGGUGCUGCUGGUGUGGUGGUGCUGCUGGUGUGGUGGUGCUGCUGGUGUGGUGGUGCUGCUGGUGUGGUGGUGCUGCUGGUGUGGUGGUGCUGCUGGUGUGGUGGUGCUGCUGGUGUGGUGGUGCUGCUGGUGUGGUGGUGCUGCUGGUGUGGUGGUGCUGCUGGUGUGGUGGUGCUGCUGGUGUGGUGGUGUUGCUGA